UUGUGGGCAAAGAAAGGCAUAAAAUAAAUUUCAAAAUAACUUAGAAAACUCAAGAAUUAUGGAAACCGAACAGGAGGACCUCCCGGCUGGUAAACGCUGCAAAUACUUUUUCGCCCAUCAUUGGAGGGGAUUUAUCGCUUUCACGGUACCAAUCUUGUUGUUGCCAUUACUUUUCAUCGAACCCAAUAUGGAAAUGCGCUGUUGUUAUGUGGUGUGUUUGAUGGCCGUUUUCUGGAUUGGUGAAUUGCUGCCACUGGGCAUAACUUCUCUCUUGCCCGUAGCACUCUUUCCACUUUUGGGUGUUUUGGAUACCGCAACCACAGUUAAUGCAUACUUUCCGAACGCCAUCAUAUUGUUCUUCGGCAGUUUGGUGGUUUCCUUGGCCAUCGAGUAUUCGAAUUUGCAUAAACGUAUUGCCUACGCUGUACUCUCCAUAAUUGGCUGUAAAAUAUAUAGGUUGCAUUUUAGCAUGUUAUUUAUUACAAUGUUUGUAUCGAUGUGGAUAUCGAAUUCGGCAGCAACGGCCAUGAUGUGCCCUGUCAUUAAAGGAACUUUAGAAGAAAUGUCGGCUCAAGGUGUGGUUGAGAUGUGGGAUACCACCAAGGUACUUGGACCAGACGAUCCUCCCUACCCUUCCAAAGUACAAAUUGCAUUUUAUCUCGGUGUAUCGUAUGCCGCAUCCAUAGGAGGUCUUGGUACGCUAAUUGGUACAGGCACAAAUAUAGCUUUCAAAGGACUUUUCGAGAGAGCAUUCCCCAAGUCAACUACACUCGGUUUUCUACCAUUCAUGGCUUUCAAUGUGCCACCAAUGUUGGUCAAUACCACACUUAUGGCGGUGGGAUUGCAAUGGCAGUACCUGGGUCUCUUCAGAUCGAAAGAAAAACAAAUUAGUUCGUCGAAAGAGGCCGAAGAAGCGGCACGUGAAGUGAUUAAGGAGAAAUCAAAAGAACUGGGAAAAGUUUCGUGUCACGAGAUCCAAGUGGGCAUACUAUUUAUUAUCAUGAUAAUACUUUUUCUUACCAGGAAGCCAGGCAUUGGUGAUCUCAAAGGUUACGCGGACAUUAUAAAUGAAAAAAAAAUACAGUCAUCUGCGGGACUCUCGGGAGUCUCAUUUCUACUCUUUGCAUUGCCUGUCAAUUAUUUAUGCAUCAAGUACUUCGUAUGUCGAAAACCGACUGUGGAGGGCACAAACAAACCGGUACUUGAUUGGUCUUGGUUCUCAGUGCGACACUCUUGGGGCUUACUUUAUCUGCUUGCUGGUGGUUUUGCGCUCGCCGAGGGUGCCGCUAAGUCGCAUUUUGCAGCAUUUGUGGGUGCAUCUAUGUCGGCUUUAUCAGUAUUGCCACACUGGUUUUUACAGUUUAUUUGCUUUUGUGUUGCUGUAUUUUGCACCGCUUUCACAUCCAAUGUGGCCAUGUGCAAUAUUCUAAUACCCAUAUUGAUAAAUUUGUCCUUGUCAGUUAAAGUAAAUCCGGCUUAUAUUUGCUUUCCUGCUGCAUUGGGUUUGAGUAUGGCUUUUCAUCUGCCGGUCAGCACGCCGCCGAAUGCUAUAGUGGCGCAAUUUGGCUACAUUCGCACAAAGGAUAUGGCAAUCGGUGGGAUUUUGCCAACAUUAAUUGUCACCAUUUCUCUGUUGGGUUUUAUGCAAACAUGGGGUCUCAUUAUAUUUCCAGAUCUGAAUGAUUUUCCGGAUUGGGCCAAUUCUACCAAUGCAAAAGUUGAUUGAUUUCAUUUAGUUUUCGUUGAUUCUGUAAAUUAUUAUUUAUUGAAAUUUUCACA